AGGCUCUUCAGAAGGUUGUCUGGACGCUCCAGAAUGCUGAGCCACACUUUAGAUUCAAACACUUCAGGCUUUAGGAACGAAGGCAACUCUGUGUUUUCAAAGACGGAACACAGCAUCAUUGCAGCUUACCUGAUUGUGGCAGGUAUGGGGUUCACUUAGUUACCUGCUUCUUGCAUGGGAGAAAAGUAGAGGUGUUUGGUACAAGCAUGCAGUGUGGGCUAGCUGGUAAACAAGGGGACUGUACCAGUUGGAGGAAAUGCAAAUGAAAGAAUAAAUGGCAGCAGUGGCAUGCUGCUUCUUGACAUGGAAGAUUUUUUUAAUUAAUGAGAGCAAAGGAGCAAGAAAAACUAUGUAAAUGAAGUUGUAGACUGGCAGAUCUGCUAUCCACUCGUUGGAAAGUCUCUGCAACCUGUGAAAUAAUGCAAUGCAUACAUUAGCUAGAGAGAAGAGAGAAAAGAGGCAAAUGAUUUGCUUAGUACCAACAUUAUAUUAGAGACUCCAAAAUGUAAUUGCUUUCCUCCGGCUAUGUGCUGGCUAGGCAGCAAUUUAUGUGCUGUAUUUAACCCUUUUUGAAUCCAGGUUAUAAUGUGUUUUUCUCUUUUUUUGCCCCCACAAUAGUUCCUUUAUGUUUGCUAAAAAGAUCCAAAGGAUUUUGUCAAAUUUGCUACUAUUGAGGGAAAUGGGAGGCGGGAGGGGGCGGAAAUUUUUUUUUCAAUAAAAAAAAAAGAAUAAGAGAAAUCAGGCUGACUGGAGUUAGUGGCAUCCAAUCAUCAAAAUCUUGCUGUAUGGCACAUACUCGAGAUAGAGUUCAUUGGGAGCCUGAGGUGUAUAAGAUAGGGCAACAUACACGCUGAAUGACAUCACUCAAGAAUAAGAAUAAGCAAGCUCUCUCGGAACCUAUGGAGAAGAUAGAAUCCCAUGGAUAGGAGGCUGCUCUGAAGCCAUAUGUUCCAAGAGUGCUUGCCUGAACUUUAAAGGGUGGCUAGCACUUCAACAUUCAUAGGAACAGCACGGGGUAUUUCAAAUGGGAAAAUAUGAAGUCAAGAUUUGUAGCUUGAUGUAUCUGCAAAACUUCCAGAACAGUGGGCUUAUUUCAUAAGCGUGGAAAGAGGAUAACAGCAGAUUAGGGCAAAGAGCCUAGAUGAUCAGGUUAGGCCACCGGGCUUUUCAUCCUUCAAGUACUGGGGACCUGGAAGCUUCUGUAGAGCUGUUGCUCGUUAUUUGAUGAAGCAAGCAUACCAGCCAUGUGGAGAAGAGAGAAGAGGAAUAUGGAAGACUGGUGUAAAAGGAUGCCAGUGAGGAAGUUUUGAUGGAAGCACCAAGGUAUAAUAAGCAUUCUCAGCAACAUAAUAGUUUUGGGCAUCUUCAUUAAGUACAAGGCACUGCGGACACCUAUGAAUGCGGUGAUUAUUAACCUGGCUUUCACGGAUAUCGGGGUCAGUAGCAUCGGCUACCCCAUGUCUGCUGCUUCAGAUCUGCAUGGAAGCUGGAAAUUUGGAUAUACAGGCUGUCAGAUUUAUGCUGGAUUGAAUAUCUUUUUUGGAAUGGUAAGCAUUGGCUUGCUCACAGUUGUAGCUGUGGACCGGUACCUGACCAUCUGCUGCCCUGAUGUAGGAAGAAGAAUGACCACCAACACUUACCUCAGCAUGAUCCUGGGCGCCUGGAUCAAUGGCUUGUUUUGGGCUUCGAUGCCCAUCAUGGGGUGGGCUAGUUAUGCCCCAGAUCCUACUGGAGCCACCUGUACCAUAAACUGGCGGAAAAAUGAUACGUCUUUCGUGUCUUACACCAUGAUGGUCAUUGUGGUGAAUUUCGCUGUGCCUUUGACAGUGAUGUUCUACUGUUAUUACCAUGUCACUCAGUCCAUGAGAAUUUAUGCUGCCCGGAACUGCACUGCGUACCUCAACCGAGACUGGGCCGACCAGGCAGAUGUAACAAAGAUGUCUGUGAUAAUGAUAUUGAUGUUUCUGUUGGCAUGGUCCCCUUAUUCCAUUGUGUGCUUAUGGGCUUGUUUUGGAGACCCCAAAAAGAUUCCUCCUUCGAUGGCCAUCAUAGCCCCACUGUUUGCAAAAUCCUCUACAUUCUACAACCCCUGCAUUUAUGUUGCUGCCAACAAGAAGUUUAGGAAGGCUGUGUUUGCCAUGUUUAAAUGCCAGCCUCACCAAGCAAUACCUGAGACAAGUUCUGUACCAAUGGAUAUGCCUCAAAGCCCAUUGACUCCUGGAAGAGUCUGAAAUGCGAGAAAAGAAUAUGACAUCAAA